AUGGCGAGAUCACCAAGUCCGAGGAAAACUUCCGAAGACUUCGGUUCCGAGGACGUCCCCAGCCGAGACCCUACCAUCCGAUUACUUUCCCAAAGAAUCCAGAAGAUGGAGGAGGACCGAACCCGAUCCCAGGUCCCUGACUGGGGAAAACUUCGGCCGGGACCAUUUACGGAGCGCAUCAAGAGGUCCAGACCGGACAGGGAGGUGCAGCCGCUGCGCAUACCCUUCUAUACUGGUGUGGAGGACCCUCUGACGCACCUCCACUCUUUCCAAUCGGCAGUUGGAUGUAAGGGCCUUAGCGACGAGGGACAAUGCCUGCUGUUUCCCUCGUCCCUCACCGGAGCUGCGCUGAACUGGUUCUACCGUCUCGAGCCAGGGACGGUACACUCCUUUGACGAACUGAAGCAGAUUUUUCUCAACCACUUCAUGAUCCAGACGAACCGUUUGUACUCUGCCGACGAUCUGUACACGAUUCGGCAGAGGGAAGACGAACCCUUAUGGGAAUACGCAGCGCGCUUCAGUCACGAGUACUCGAGGUGUCCCGAAACGGACGAUAGGGCAGCCUACGGCGCCUUCAAGAGUGGCCUACGGUCCUCUCACUUCCGGUACCUCGUGCACAGUAGCAACUGGCGCACGUAUGACGAGUUAAUGAAGCAGGCGGCAGUCCAUGCGAAGGCCGAAUACUUCAACUCCAAACCCGGGCCUUCGGCUCGGAAGGAGGAAUCGGCAACCAAAAGUUAUCCAGGCCGAACCGAGGACCCGUCGGCAGGACACAAACGGAAGGACGACCGGGAUAGCCGUCAGGGAAACUCGAAGAAAGGACGUGGGAAGUACGGUCGUAACGACCACCGAGCACCCCUACCGAAUCACGAUCAUGCUCAGGAAGUCUUCACCCUGCUAAACACGACGUACGAAACCGUUCUAAUGAACGAACAUGACCAGAUCCCGAAGCAGACCAACCGGAAGCCCAAUCGACAGGAUAAUCGGGACACUGGCAAAUUCUGCCGAUAUCACCAGCAGAACAGCCACAAUAUCGAAGACUGCAUCAGUCUAAGGAAGAUUGUCGAGCGGCUGAUUCGGGAAGGAAAGCUGGAUCAGUACCUUGCCAGGCCGCCACAGGCCCCGGCACCAAACGCGAAUCGGCAAAUCAACAUGAUCAACACGAUCAGCGGUGGCCCCACCCUGGCGGGACCCUCUAACCGUUCGGUGAAGCAGUAUGUGCGCGCCGCCCACUGCCCUCAGGUCUUCGGCAUAGCAGAGGAUCGGUGCCGAAAGUUGCCAAAGGUGGGAUGGGAGCCCAUCACAUUUAGUGAAGAAGAGGAGGAGGGGAUCAUCUACCCCCACGACGACCCAAUGAUCAUUCGGGCCGAGAUCGCCGAUUACGACGUGGGUCGGGUGCUGAUUGACACUGGAAGCUCGGUGAACGUGAUCUUUGCCGAUGCGUUAGAAGGAUUGGGGAUUGCGGACAGCAUAGUCAAUCGGCAAAUCACGCCUCUCCUCAGUUUCUCUGGAUAUCUGUUCCCGACACGCAACGGUACCGGAGCCAUCCGUGGAGAUCAGCUCAGCGCACGGACGUGCUAUGCCACGGCCCUUAAGUCGGUGGCCAGCAAACCGCCAAUGGAGGCCAUGACCGUUCAGGGACUACCGAACGGUAGCGAGCUCAUUGACGACCCCAGAGAGGACAACCCAACGCCGGUUGCACAGCCCGCCGAGGAGCUCGAGACAAUAAUCCUGAACAAGGAAUUCCCCGACCGGUGGGUAAAGAUCGGCACCAAUCUAGACCCCGACCUCCGAAGGCAGUUCAUCGACUUCUUACGGCAGCAUGUGGAGGUCUUUGCCUGGUCUUAUGACGAUAUGCCCGGCAUAUCACCCGAUGUCAUCAGCCACAAGCUCAGCAUCUCCCCCGCCCAUAAACCAAUCAGGCAAAAGCGCCGAUCGUACGAUGCUGAACGGUAUGAGGCGAUGCGAGCCGAAGUUGACAAGCUCAAAGCCAUCGGCUUUAUCAGGGAAGCUACGUACCCUGUUUGGCUUGCCAACUCAGUCAUGCUCGUCGAUGCCACCGCCGGGCACGAGCUGCUCAGCUUCAUGGACGCGUAUUCAGGAUACAACCAGAUCUUCAUGGACCCUGCCAAUAGAGAACAUACGACAUUCAUCACGGAUCGCGGUUUGUACUGUUACAACGUCAUGCCUUUCGGCCUGAAGAACGCGGGGGCAACUUACCAACGGCUCGUCAACCGGAUUUUUGCUAAGUACAUCGGCGGUAUCAUGGAGGUAUAUGUCGACGACAUGUUGGUAAAAAGCCGAACGGCAGGAGAUCACCUAGAGAACUUGGCCCUCAUGUUCGGCAUUCUAAAGGACUACCGAAUGCGGCUGAACCCGGCGAAGUGCGCCUUCGGUGUAUCUUCUGGUAAAUUCCUCGGGUUCAUGAUCAGUCAAAGGGGGAUCGAGGCCAAUCCCGAGAAAAUAAAAGCCAUAAUCGACAUGGAGACGCCGAAGACACAGAAGGACAUUCAGAGCCUUACCGGACGUGUCGCUGCCCUGACACGCUUCAUCUCCAAGGCUACCGAUAAGUGCGUGCCGUUCUUCAAAGCUUUGAAAGGGGGCAAACAUCAUAUAACGUGGACUCCCGAAUGCGACCAGGCAUUUCAAAACUUGAAGAACUAUAUGAGCCAGGCACCACUGUUAUCGAAACCGCUGCCAGGCGAGGUACUACUUCUAUACCUUUCGGUAUCCAACACUGCCGUCAGCUCAGUGUUGAUAAGGAAGCCGGAGAAGGCGGAGCUACCGAUCUUUUAUGUCAACAAGGCGCUCCAGAGCGCAGAGCUUCGGUACCCACCCUUGGAGCAGCUAGCACUGGCCCUGGUCGUCUCGGCACGGAGACUUCGCCCUUACUUCCAGGCUCACGAAAUCACAGUUCUGACGAACCAGCCUCUUCGGCAGGUACUCCAAAAGCCGGAAACAUCGGGCCGAUUGGUCAAAUGGGCAAUCGAGUUGGGGGAGUUUGACAUACAGUUCAAGCCAAGGCCUGCAGAAAAAGGCCAGGCCGUUGCCGACUGCAUCUCCGAGCUCACGCCGCCUGCUUUAUCGGAACCAUCAUCGCCGAGCGUCGUCCCUACCGCACCAGAGAAAAUGAAUACCGAACGUUUCGACACUUCUGUUCCUCUCUGGAUCCUGCACGUGGACGGCUCGGCAAACCAGCAAGGCUGUGGUGCCGGCUUAGUGUUAACCACUCCGGACGGUAGUAAAAUCGAGUACGCCCUCCGAUUCAACUUCCGAACCUCCAAUAACGAGGCAGAAUAUGAGGCCCUCCUGGCUGGCCUUCGGCUGGCCCAGAGCAUGAGCGCGAGGCAGAUCAGCAUUCACAGCGACUCCCAGCUCAUAGUAAAUCAGAUAACGGCAGACUUCGCAGCAAAGGAUGCCUCCAUGUCAGCCUACCUAUCGGCAGCCCACCAACUAUUACAAAAAUUCCAAGCCUACGGGAUACGGCAGAUCCCCAGGUUGGAAAAUAGCCAUGCCGACGCACUCUCACGUUUGGCCUCGGCCAUAAAUGACAAGAUCGGAAGGAAGGUACCGGUGGAGAUAUUAUCCCAACCGAGUACGACCGCCGCUGAGGUAUGUACCAUUCGGUACGAAGACACAUGGAUGUCUCCAAUCUAUGCCUACCUGACAGCCGGAACCCUUCCUACCGAUAAGUCCCAAGCUCGGAAACUUCGCUACCGAUCGGCAAGGUACACAGUCAUCAACGAUGUUCUGUACAAACGGGGCUACACGACGCCAUAUUUAAAAUGCCUGACCAAGGAGCAGGGGGACUACAUCCUUCGGGAGGUCCACAGCGGAAUCUGCGGUGACCAUUCUGGAUCCCGAUCGCUCGCACACAAGGUCUUCCGGCAGGGUUAUUUCUGGCCGACUCUGCAUCAGGAUGCGAACACACUAGUCAAGAGGUGUGACAAAUGCCAACGGUUCGGUAGUGUCCCUCAUAUUCCCGCCGAGCCACUGUCACCGAUCGUGAGCCCAUGGCCGUUCGCCCAAGGGCAAGGGUCAGCCAGAGUCGAGGAUUUCGUUUGGACAAAUAUUUGCUGCCGAUUCGGCAUCCCCUACGCCAUCGUCACGGAUAACGGCAGGCAGUUUGAUUCUGAAGUCUUCAGGCGAUUCUGCAAACGACUCAAGAUCAACCUAUUCUUUGCUUCGCCAGCACACCCCCAAUCGAACGGACAGGUCGAAGCCAUGAACAAAAUUGUCAAGAAGCUGUUGAAACGGCAGCUUGACAAAGCCAAAGGAGCCUGGCCGGAAAAGCUUCCGGAAGCGCUAUGGGCCAUACGAACAUCCUACCGAACGGCAACUGGGGAAACACCAUUCUCCAUGGCUUUCGGUUCAGAGGCAGUAGUCCCAGUAGAAAUCGGAGAGCCCUCCUACCGAACGGAAACCUUCGCACCGAAGGCAAAUGAGGAAGCGCUAGCUUUGAGCCUCGACUUACUCGAGGAACGCCGAGCACAAGCCAACCUUCGGAACGAAGCUUACAAGCAACGCGUCUCUCGGUACUAUGACUCCAGGGUCAAAUCCCGCUCUUUCCGAAUCGGAGAUUGGGUUAUGCGGAAAGUCUCUUUGGCAACCAAGAAUCCCACGGAAGGAACCCUCGGACCUUCCUGGGAGGGACCCUACGAAAUCAUCGGUAUCCAGCGAUCGGGGACUUACCGACUUAGAGACUCCAACGGAAAGACCCUCGGUCAUCCUUGGAACGUAGAGCAUUUGAAGUACUAUUUCAAAUGA